AAAUCAUUAAUUUUUACUGUUCUGCAAUCUGUAAUUAUUAUAAAUAUUUAUAACAAUAUUAGAAAUUACAAUGAGUAAAGAAAAGUUUUCAGAUAGUGUAUCUAUACUUUUAGAACUUCUAGAGGUAUCAAUUCAUUGCAUACUGUAUGCAAGAAAAAUAUACCCCGAAGGAAUUUUUGAACUAAAGAAGAAAUACAAUGUACCUGUACAUGUUUCCAUUUAUCCAAAGUUAAAUUUAUAUAUAAAUGGUGUACUCAAUGCUGUCAAAAGUCUAUUGAAAUUAAAAAAAAUACGUAAAUUGGAUGUAUGUUUUUAUAACAAGACUGGAGUUAUAGUUGAACGUUUUGUAUUUAAUAUUCAUAAUGUUGAACUUGAAUUGAAUUUAUCAGAUUUUUCGAAUGUAAGAGAUCCAUAUUUAGUCAAGUUAGAACAAAUGUUGAGAGCUUUUUGUUUAAAACUAACAGUUUGUGAUUCUCUUUUGAAACCUUUACCUUCAAGUUGUACAUUUCAGAUUCACAUUCAUACAACUGAAACUAACUCCAUUGAAAUUCAAAAGGAUACAGAAGAAUUUCCAUUAAUACCCAGUGAAAAAAGGGAUAUAAUUUUAACAUCACCUGCAGUAGUACCAUUGCGUAGUAUUGACUGUGAACAUUUAAAUUUAGAAAUCUAUGCUGAAGAAGGAAAUAAAGAUGAAGACCCAGAUUUAUUUACACCAAGUCCAUUAAUUUAAAUACAUUCAACAUCAAUGUUCAAUAUGUUUUUUUAA